ACCGAAAAUGGCCUGAGAGAUAAUGACAUAAAACCCCGAGUUUCUGAAUGGGAAGUCAUCCAAGAAUCAGGCAUGAAGCUGAAACCAAUGUAUGGCCCUGGAUAUACCGGCAUGAAAAACAUGGGGAACAGCUGCUACAUCAACAGUGUCUUGCAAGCCAUUUUCAGUAUUCCUGAAUUUCAGAGAGCCCUCAGAACAAUGGUAUUUCUCCGCGCAUGUUCAAAGCAUUUAUAAGCAAAGGGCACCCCGAAUUCUCCUCCAGUCGGCAACAAGAUGCACUAGAAUUUUUCCUGCACCUUAUCAACCUGAUAGAGAGAAACCGAAUUGGCUCGGAAAACCCCAGCGAUGUCUUCCGGUUCUUGGUUGAAGAACGGACCCAGUGCUGCCAAACCAGAAAAGUACGGUACACAGAGAGGGUGGAAUAUCUCAUGCAAUUGCCUGUAGCAAUGGAAGCUGCAAUAAACAAAGAUGAACUGAUUGCUUAUGAACUGAAGAGAAGAGAAGCAGAAACAGCAAGGAAGCCCCCACCAGAGGUGGUCCGGGCAAGGAUCCCUUUCAGUGCUUGUCUCCAGGCCUUUACAGAACCAGAAAAUGUAGAAGACUUUUGGAGCAGUGCCCUUCAAGCCAAGUCUGCUGGCGUUAAAACGUCUCGCUUUGCUUCCUUUCCUGAAUACCUGGUGGUUCAGAUAAAGAAGUUUACUUUUGGCCUGGACUGGAUCCCUAAGAAGCUUGAUGUUUCUAUAGACAUGCCAGACCUUCUAGACAUCACUCACCUCCGAGCAACGGGCUUUCAACCAGGAGAGGAGGAACUUCCAGACAUCUCUCCACCCGUGAUCAUUCCUGUUGACCCCAAAGGUACUGCCUACUACCAUGAGGAUUCCUACCUCCACACCAUUCUCCACCACAACUCCCCAGAUUUUGAUGAAUCCUCCGUGAUGCAGCUGGCAGAGAUGGGGUUUCCCUUGGAAGCAUGCCGGAAAGCCGUAUACUACACUGGCAACAUGGGUGCUGAGAUGGCUUUCAACUGGAUCAUUGCACACAUGGAAGAACCAGAUUUUGCGGAGCCUUUAUCCAUCCCUGGUUAUGGGGGAACAGCUUUUCCCCAAACAGGAGGAUCAGGAGUUCCUGGACUGGAUAAUCAGCCUCCAGAAGAGAUGGUAGCCAUAAUUUCCUCUAUGGGAUUUCAGCGGAAUGUAGCUCUUCAGGCACUACGGGCAACAAUAUGAACUCUUUGGCUUCAUCAGUCACAUGGGAACAUCCACCAUGAGCGGCCAUUACGUUUGUCAUCUUAAAAAGGAAGGAAGGUGGGUUAUCUACAACGACCAUAAAGUUUGUGCCUCCGAGCAGCCACCCAUAGAGCUAGGAUAUAUUUACUUCUAUCACAGGAUACCAAGUUAGACCUCACUAUGUUCUGUGGCCUUAAGAAGCCAUAAGCCUUUUUAUUCUGCCAAAAAUGUGUUUCAAGUAAGCAAAGCCUUUGGACUGCCAAAAAAGAAAAAGAAAAAAAAAGAAAAAGCAAAGCAAAGCAAGAAGGGAAAUAUUUGGUCCUAUUUAUAGCUUAAAUCAGGAUAAUUCAAUUGAUGCCUUCUUAAACCUUUAGAGGAGAGUUUUCUGUUAAAUGAUGGUGCACUGUAGGAUUUUAAAGUUUGUCUACAUUUUGUGGAGACCUUAAGACUGUUCUGAACCACUAGCAGAAGUUGCAGCAAACAUCCAGAGAAAAUUGUUCCCACACCGAGAAGAACCUGCCAUUGUUUUAAUCCUUAAAGACUGAUGGUUGCUAAGCAGUUGCUUUGAACUAGGAAUUCGUCACUCUGCUGGAUGGAAUCUAUUUGCUAGCAUGAAAAGUUGCUUAUCUGGAGCCCUAAGUUUCCGAUUAAAAAGGAAAAGGUAAAAAAAAAAAAAGCCCCCAGAAUAUUUUGCAGACUUUAGAGCUUGAAAUUAAACCUAAUCAUUGAAGCCAAGGUGACUUAUAUUGUCUCCCAAUACAGUCUGAAUGUUCUUUUUUUUUCCAUUUGGGAUUCGAUCACAUGCCAUGAUUUUUUUUUUAAUUUCUGCACUGGAUGAUUGAUGGCCUUAAAGUUCCUGUCUAAGAAAGUGCCCAUGUCAUCCACUGCCAUGAAUCAGCGUACACACAGUUGCGUUUAGAUAGCUGUGUAACUGUGUCCCUGCCACCACUCUGCACAAGUGUUUAUGUGGAUGGAUUAACAUCAGUAGGGCUGUUUUUCGUUUUCUGUUACGAAUUGCGAAUAAAGUUGUAAACAUGCAUCAUAGAAAUGCAUAGGAAAUGGCUCUCAAUAUUGUCUUGUGAUGGGAUGUAAACAGUAGGCAGUCCUCA